GCAAAGUUAAUGAGGAACUCAAAGAUAGUGCAGUUUCCAAUAAAAUAAAGAUAUUGAGAAAAUCAGAGGAUAUGAUGCAUUCCAUGAUAGUACCAGUAUGGAUACAUCAUGAAAGUAACAUACGUAAAAAGGUAUUGGUUUAUGCAUUAUUGGAUGAACAGUCAGAUGCAUGUUUUAUUAAAGAAUCCACCAUGAAUGAGCUAAACAUUCUAGGCUCCAAGGUACACCUAAAGUUAACAACAGUGACAGGCGAAGAAACAAUUGAAAGUACAAAGACUAGAGGACUAAUAGUAUGUGGUAAAAAUGAAAAGAUAGAGAUUGCACUUCCAGUCACUUACUCAAGGAAGAAUAUACCAGCCAGACAUGAUCAAAUUCCAAGGCCAGAAAGUGUAGAAGGGUGGCCUCAUUUACAGAGAGUAGCAAACGAAUUGAUGCCAUACGAUAGAAGUGUUGAAGUUGGGCUCCUGAUUGGCUUAAAUUGUAUCCGUGCCAUCAAACCAAGAGAGUUAAUUCCUGGGAAAGAUGACGAGCCUUAUGCAAGGAGAACUUUGCUUGGUUGGAGUAUAAUAGGGAGAGUCAAUGGUGAUUAUCAAGACACAAGUGACUCAGAUUCAGUUCUAGCUAGCAAAGUAAUAGUCAAUAAGGUUAUCAUUAAUGGUGACACAAAAUGUAGCUUUCUUUCCUCACCAACUAAAGUAAAGGAAAUAAUUGAUUUUGCACAAGUUCGAAAAUUGUUUGAGCUUGAUUUCAGUGAAAGGGAGACAGGAAAUGUUCCUUUUUCGUAUCAAGACAAGAUUUUCUUAAGAAAAAUGAAAGAUGGAAUUCAUCAACUAAAAGAUGGGCAUUAUGAAUUGCCACUCCCUCUUAAAGAUGAUAAGGUCAAGUUUCCAAAUAGUAAAGAAUUAGCAAUGUGUAGGUUGAUGAGUCUAAAGAGGAAGCUAAAGCAAAAGAAUGGUUUUCUACAGGACUAUGUUGCCUUCAUGAAAGAUCUCAUAGACAAAGGCUAUGCAGAAGAGGCACCAUACCAGGGUCCAAAUUUCAAUGAUGGAAGAGUAUGGUAUAUACCACAUCAUGGUGUGUAUCAUCCAAAGAAACCUGACAAAAUUAGGGUAGUAUUCGAUUGCAGUGCUGUGUAUAAGAAUGAAUCACUUAAUAAGAAUCUUUUACAAGGUCCGGAUCUGACAAAUAACUUGAUUGGCGUAUUGUGCAGAUUCAGAAAGGAACAUGUAGCAAUUGCAUGUGAUAUAGAAGCAAUAUUCCACCAAGUAAAGGUAAAGCCUGAUCACAGAGACCUACUACGCUUUCUGUGGUGGGAAAAUGGAAAUCCUGAUUCAACUGUCAAAGAAUAUAGAAUGACAGUGCACUUAUUUGGGGCUACAUCUUCUCCAAGUGUAGUAAGUUUUGCACUGAAAGCCACUGCUGAUGAUUAUGCAUGGCAAUGUGGUACAGAAGCUGCCUCCUUUGUUAAAAAUGAAUUUUAUGUAGAUGAUGGGUUAACAUCUUUACCUACAACUGCAGAAGCCAUAGCUUUAAUCAGGAAUAGUAAAGCAUUAUGUUCGAAGGGUGGCUUCAAAUUGCACAAGUUCUUGUCAAAUAAGAAAGAAGUUCUAGAAGCAAUAAGUUUAGAGGAAAAGGCUAAAAGUUUUAAGAACUUAGAUCUCUCUAGUGAAGCCUUACCAAUAGAGAGAACUUUAGGAGUAGAAUGGUGUAUAGAAUCAGAUACAUUCCAGUUCAGAAUUAGUAUUAAUGACAAACCAAUAACUAGAAGAGGUAUAUUGUCAACGGUGAGUUCUGUUUUCGAUCCAAUGGGUAUGGUCUCACCCUUUAUAUUGAUUGGUAAAAGAAUACUUCAAACCUUGUGUCAAGAUGGAGUAGACUGGGAUGAUGACAUAUCAGAUAAUUUGAAACAACAAUGGAGAAGAUGGAGAGAUGAUCUGAUUCAGUUGAAAGAGUUAAAGAUUCCUAGAUGCUACAAGCCUGAUGUGUUUAGAAAGGUCAAAUCAUUGGAACUGCAUCAUUUCUCUGAUGCUAGUCAGCAUGGUUAUGGACAGUGCUCUUAUUUAAGGCAAGUAAGUGAGCAGGGACAAGUUCAUUGUGCACUUGUCAUGUCAAAGUCUAGAGUGACACCAUUGAAGCCCAUAACUGUUCCUAGGUUAGAACUAACAGCUGCAGUCGUAGCUGUUCGAAUUAGCUCUAUGUUAAGGAAGGAGUUAGGUUAUCAGGAAGUAAAGGAAUACUUUUGGACCGAUAGCAAAGUCAUACUUGGCUACAUUUCAAAUGAAGCUAAGAGAUUCCAUGUGUUUGUUGCUAACCGAGUGCAGCAUAUUAAAGACCACUCCUCUAUGGAACAAUGGAAAUUUGUUGAGUCAGUUCAAAUCCUGUUGAUUCCACUUCACGUUGAUCCUGUAUGUAAAGAACCUGAUUGAAUUAUAGUGGAAGUGGGGUGUCCCCGCCAAAGAGCCUAUUCAAAUAUCAAAAUUGUAUUGUUCCUCAGUAGUAUAGAUGUUGAUUCCACAUUUGCUCAUAUAAGUACAAUGUAAUUAGAGUUUAAGGUAAAUUGUUCAUACAAUUUAGGGGAGCCAUGUUACUGCAGGGACAAAAUGUAUACUUAGUUAUAAACAAUCAGUUCCUAUGCUUUGUGAUAUUACUAACAUUAGGUUAAGUAUGAAAUAGAUGAGUAUACCCUCAUAUCGUUUUCUAAGGUGUACGACAUCUAUAGGGCAUUUGCAUAACUAAUCAUCAUAAACAUU